AGCAGCAGAUCUUGUGUGGAGACCACUUGGUGUUGUUGGUGGAGACAACACCUGGAGCCAUUGCUGUUGUUGCCUUGUGUGAUCAUUGUCCUGACUAACCCACUACCACUACUAUUAGUAGCUAGCUACUGGUAGCCAGAAGCAGCCUUGCACAAGAUGCCUAAACGAGGAUCUGAGAAUUCCCAAAUGAAGAAGGAAGACUAUGAGGCCAUGAUGGCCCAGGAUAGUGGAGGAGACGACGGCAAAGGAUUUGAAAAGGCGGCACCCGACGUACUCAAUCAGAGAAGCCGUGUCACGGCGAAGCGUGCGCCUCGGUCUACUCCUGCUGCGGCUCCUGCUCCUGCUGCGGGUUCGAGUUCCAACCCCUUUGCUUCAUUUUCAUUCUCUGCUGCGGCUCCCGCUCCAGCCACGCCCAGCGCUAUGACACCUGUGGCCACACCAGCCAAUAUGGCAUCCACGGAAGGAGCCCCCCUCAGUGGUCAAGAAAAACUUGUCAAGCGCUACCAGGAUCAAGCUUGUGCUUUUAUAGACUCAUUCGCCAAAACAUGCAAAGAAAUCAACCCACAAACCACUUAUAUGUUGCCCAUUGUCGAUCAUGUUUUGGACGCUCUUUACGUGGUUGAAGAUCAGUAUUGGAAACACAGCAAAAAGGACGAAGACGACAAAUCACCAGCCACCACCAGCAAAGAUUUUGGCAUUGCUUCUCCUGCUCCAAAUCUCUUUGGUGCAGCAGCACCUGCUCCAUCUCCAAAGGCAUUCCGGUUUGGUUCGACAAAUGCCCCCAAUGCCGGUGACGGUAUGACCACGGCCUUUGGUGGUGGAACCCCUGCUCCUGCGCCACCAAGCUCUGGAGCAAAUGAAGCUGGUGAUGCCCCAUUGGAUGAAAAUAUUCACGCGGUGAUGGCUGAUACGGAUCCGGACUGGAAGCUCCUUGAAACAAUUCCGAAAGUUCCUGUUUACACCAUUGACAAACAAGGAAAAUAUGAAAAGAAAUUCAAGGGGGACUUGAAACUCCAGGAGCACAAGGAAAACAAAAAGAAACGAAUGAUCAUCUGGAACAAUGUCACUGGCAAAGUGUUGCUCAAUUCUGUGUUCCCACAGUCGAUGGCAUUCGCAAGUACACCUGACAAAAGCGAUCCCAGCAUGGUAACACAUGAAGCCCAUUUCGUUGGGAAGAUCACUGCAGAACACGAAGCUGGGGUAAUCACAUUGUCUCGUAAGGGCCCCCAGACACUCAAGUCACUUGAAGAUGUCUUUACAGGAUUGGGAGUCCAAAAGCUUGUGAUCAAAGCCAGAGUUUGAUCACGCCGGGAAUGCCCAAGCCUAGCUAGUCUAGUAGAUUGGAACAGCAUUGAAUGGGAACCAUCAAGGAUCUUUGUGGCCCCUGUAGCAAACUAGAAAGAGAUUGAGAACAGAAGCCAAAGCUAAAUAGUUUAACUACAGCUUCACUAAAUGACCACUAAAAUUCACUGCGGAACCGAUAGAUCUAUAUCUAUGCUACU